GCCCGAGCCCUAAAACCUGCCGUUUCGUCGGCGUCCACUGCGGCAAUGCCUGGCACUCUUUCCUCCCCUUUCGAUGAUCACCUCUGCCGCUCCAAAUCAGCCAAAGUUCCGAUUCCUUCAACGAAUGUAGCUGAUCUCAACUCCCAUCGCUAGGUUGGGAUUGGCAAUGUAAAAGACUUAACAAUAAAAAUGCACAGGCUGCAUGCCCUACGCAAGGACAAUAGCAACAGUACUAAGUACAAAUCUAUAACAGAUUUACACAUCUGGAAGCAACAUUAGAAAGAAUUUUAGCUCCGCUAGGGUGAUCAUGAGGUCUUCAUCUUUCUGUUGCUUGAAAAGCAUCUCAAAAUCUUUCACACACAGGUCAUCAAACUCCUUCAACCAUCUCCAGUGGAUGUUUACAAGGUGAACCACAUUGGACCAGAGGGAAAAAGGGCUCAAGAUCGUCCCACCACAUGAUGGUUAUAUCCUGGAUUCUGCCGAAGCUGGAAGGCUUGGAGAUCCCUGACACUUUCCAUUUUGGAGCUCGUUCUGCAUGUGCAGGCUUCACGGUCUCAGGGAAAUGGAGCUCCACGGAUCACUCUGCAUGUGCCAAUGGUGCUUUAGCAUAUCUGCAGCGGAAAGUGAAUGGCAUUUGGAAUAUGACCGAGCUGUCGCAUGUUCAUCCUUGAAGAAUAUUGAUCACAUUCACCGAAAGAAGGCAUCACAGAAUCCAAUAAUUGGAGCCCUUUGUACAAGCAAGCGGAUACAGUUGGGAAUAAAGCUGCCGCAGGUGGAAGAUUAUAAUAAGCAUGAUAGGGGGAAAAGAAGGGACCAGGUGAGCGCAGUGGUUCUCUUGCAUGCUUUUUGUUCCUGUUGUUUAACGUGACGCAAGAUCGACAUCCCUACGAUCUUAAAGAGGGAGACGAUAAGGGUCGUGAACCGAGAUAAACAUGAGCUGUUGUGCUUGCGGUAUAGACAAGACUCUUCAUCCCAUAGCACUUCCCAGGACUGUUACGUGAUGAGAUGCAAAGAUUGCAGCCACAAGACAUCAUAAAGUCAAAGACGGGAAAGGGAUGGGGGAAUAAGAUGAGAAGCGAAGGCCACCGAGGGCCCGAAGUGGAAAAGCUUCGUGGUGUUGACGUCGGUCUCUUUCUUAUCUCUAAAGAACCCCUAAACAUAAAUAUCACUGGUGGUGGCGCACCCGGACGCGGGCCAAAGAAGGCCCGAGAGACAUCAUCGUGGGCCCUGCAGUGAGACUUUGGUGCUGGAAGUCAGAAGAAAAUUUGGAGCGCCAGGUCCUGUCCCCCAUGGGGCCUCACCCACUUCGGAAACUCGAGCUGAUUGGAUCAACCAUUGUGGGUCCCAAGGAAUGACCGGGUUCUUAGCGUGGAGCUUCGGAGGAACUUCGGGUCGUCCGCGUGCACUCGGCAGCGGUACGCGCGGUGUCUACGUGGAGACGCGUCAACGCUGUGCCACCGACACGUUGCGGUGACGCGGCCCCUCACGUGGGUCUUAAAUGACUAAUUUGCCCCCGAAUCAAUGCGAGAAAUCGCCGAACCACGCUAUUGCCCAAGGAUGAUACGUGUCGCUCUCGGAUUCCCAGACCACAGGAGCCACAUUUCCCUGUCCCCACAAGAUGCUAUUAAGCGGUCGAGGGCAUGGCGAGAGGGUGGUGGAGCGCAGCAGCGACUGGUAGUAGCAGUGGCGAGGAGGAGUUGGCAAAACGAUCGAGUUUUCGGAUCCGUCCAACAUAUUCGAAUCCAAGGGAACAACAGCAAGUCGACGGCGAGGACGGUAAUGGCGUCGCCGAGCUCCUGCUUCCACGUCCUCCUACUCCUCCUCCUCUUCUCAGGUCAAGUCAUCCGAGUAGUUCUGAGCAUGGCGGUGGGCAUCAACUACGGGCAGAUCGCGAACGACCUGCCGUCCCCCGGUCGAGUCGCGAGCCUCCUCCGCUCCCUCAACAUCAGCCGAGUGAAACUGUACGACGCGGACCAGAACGUGCUCAGCGCCUUCCUCAACACCGACGUCGAGUUCGUGAUCGGGAUCGGCAACGAGAACGUGUCGGCGAUGACGGACCCGGCGGCCGCCCUGGGAUGGCUGGAGCAGCACGUCCUGCCCUACCUCCCCUACACCAAGAUCACCUGCAUCGCCGUUGGCAACGAGGUGUUCAAAGGCAACGACACCACUCUGAUGGCCGACCUCCUCCCCGCCAUGGAAUCGGUUCACCAGGGACUGGUCUCGCUCAGCCUGGAGACGAAGGUGAACGUCACCAGCGCCCACUCCUUGGACAUGUUGGGGAACUCCUACCCUCCCUCCGCCGGCUCCUUCCGCCAGGAUCUCGCCGUCUUCAUCCAGCCCAUCCUCAACUUCCACUCCGUCACCAAGUCACCCUUUCUCAUCAACGCCUACCCUUACUUCGCCUACAAGGCGAACCCUAAUGCAGUCUCGCUGGACUACGUCCUCUUCGAGCCGAACACGGGAGUCGUGGAUCCCAACACCAAUCUGAACUAUGACAACAUGUUGUACGCUCAGAUCGACGCGGUUUACUCUGCCAUCAGGACGUGGGGGCACGCCGACAUCGAGGUCAGGAUUUCUGAGACGGGGUGGCCAUCGAGGGGUGACAGUGAUGAGGUGGGAGCGACACCGGAGAAUGCUGCAAGAUAUAAUGGUAAUCUGCUGCAGAGGAUACGGAUGAGCGAGGGCACUCCUCUGAAGCCGACGGUGCCGGUGGAUAUAUAUGUGUUUGCCCUGUUCAAUGAGGAUUUGAAGCCUGGGCCGACCUCGGAGAGGAACUACGGGUUGUUUUAUCCUGAUGGCACUCCUGUUUAUAAUGUUGGUCUGCAUGGGUAUCUUCCACCCAUGUCGUCGUCGUCGUCGUCUUCGAGGUCGGCGAUGAUGAUGCCUGGUUUGAGAGCUUUCGUGUUCGUGGUGGCAGCUUUGAUCUUGGCCUGGAAGUAGCUGCUUCUGUAAGCGGCGGGCCGAAGUGGAUGGGGCGGUAAUGGCCGAGGAGAUUGCCACCCGGGGGGAGCUGAUGGUUUCAGGUUUGGCAGAUCCUUUGUGCAGGUUCGGUGGGUCCGGGAUGGAAGAAAACACCACCAAACAUUCUUUGUUGGCAAUAAAAAAGAGAGAAAAGAACAUUUAGCGAAAAGUUAUGUAAGAAUACUAACCUGUGAUCAAACUGAUUGAUGAUUGUUUAAA